AUGAGCAAUCAAAAAGCUGUUGCUGAGAAUAUGCUCUGGGGGGGACGGUUCACAGAGGGACUGGACCCCCUGAUGGUUCAAUACAACGAAUCGCUCCCCUACGAUCGUAUCUUUUGGAAGCAGGAUAUUCUCGGCUCUAUUGCAUUUGCUCGCGCUAACACCCGUGGCGGCAUUCUGACCCAACACGAGUUCUCUGAGAUCGAACGCGGUUUCAAGCAAAUCGCCGAAGAAUGGAGCACCAAUAGCUUUGUCGUCAAAUCAAAUGACGAGGACAUCCACACCGCUAAUGAGCGUCGCCUGGGUGAGAUUAUUGGCAAAGACAUUGCUGGCAAACUGCACACGGGUCGUUCGAGAAACGAGCAGAUUGCAACUGAUAUGCGUUUGUGGCUGCGGGAUGAGCUGCGGAAGCUGGAUGCUUUCUUGUCGGAUCUGAUCAAGGUCUCUGUGGCUCGCGCAGAGCAAGAUAUUGAGUACUUAAUGCCUGGCUAUACGCACCUGCAAAAAGCACAGCCCGUUCGAUGGUCCCACUGGCUGUUGUCGCACGCUGUAGCAUUCGCCUCGGAGUUAGAGCGAUUGCGUGAAGUUAUUAAGCGAGUUAAUAAGUCACCUUUGGGUACUGGUGCCCUCGCUGGAAACCCUUUUCGCAUUGACCGUGAAGGCAUGGCCAAGGAAUUGGGCUUCGAUGGCCUUACUAUUAACUCCAUGAACACUGUUGCGGACAGAGACUUUGCUAUGGAAACAAUGCAGUGGGGUAGCUCCUUCAUGCUCAAAAUCUCCCGUUGGGCUGAGGAUCUCAUCAUCUACAGCAGCCUGGAGUUUGGUUUUGUACGAUUAGCUGACGCAUAUUCGACGGGUUCCUCGCUCAUGCCCCAGAAGAAGAACGCAGACAGCCUGGAACUUCUUCGUGGCAAAGCUGGACGUGCCUUCGGGCAUGUUGCAGGUGUUAUGAUGACCAUCAAAGGUCUCCCCACCACCUACAACAAAGAUCUCCAGGAGAGUGUUGAGCCUCUUUUGGACCAUAUCAAGACUGUUGGUGACAGCAUCCAGAUCGCCACCGGUGUGCUCUCCACAUUGAAAGUCAAUCCCGAGAAAAUGGUCGCUGCCCUAGCACCUGAGAUGCUUGCCACUGAGUUCGCGGACUACCUUGUCCGCAAAGGCGUGCCAUUCAGAGAGGGCCACCACAUUUCAGGGCGUGUUGUUGCAUUGGCAGAGAAGAAUGAUGUUCCCAUGGACACACUUACCAUCGAACAACUACAGGCAAUCGAUAGCCGAUUUGGGCCUGAUGUUCGCGAGUGUUUGGAUUAUGAGCGGGCUGUUGAACUGAAAGACGCUAUUGGCGGUACGAGCAAGCGAGCUGUCCGCGAGCAGAUUGCAGCUUUGAAGGCUAUCAUUUCGGGUGACAUUGCCUGA